CUGUCUCGCGCCAGCAGAGCACCAUGUCUCUGCACACUCUGCGGCCCGUGCGCCUGGCGCUCGCGUCGUCGUCGCGCUCCUUCGCCACCUCGUCGGCCGCGCUGGCCAAGAACCCGCCGGGCCGCGGCCGCGAUGCCGCAAAGCGCCUGCGCCGCGCCGAGCGCGCCGCAAAGGCGGCUGCCAGCGGCGAGACGGAGGUCAAGAAGGAGGAGCCUGUGCUGGGGCUCGAGGAUGCCGUGCGCGUGCUGCAGGCUGUCGAGGUCACGCGGCCGCUCGCCGCCUACGAGCUGCACGUCGUCACCACCGUUUCGUCGCACGUCGCCAACGCACUGCGCGGGCGCAUCUCGCUGCCCUACUCGGCACGCACCAAGCCCGAGAAGCUGCUCAUCUUCGCCUCGGAGGACUCGGCUGCUGGCGUCCUGGCACGCCGGCAGGCUGCCGCCGGCGAGCCCAUCACCGUCGGCGGUGCCGAGCUGAUUGCAGACGUCGUCAGCGGACGCGUCAGCGACUUCUCAAAGGUGCUCGCCACGCCCGACCUCGUGCCGCAGAUCGCAAAGGCGCUGGCCAGGAGUCUCGGCCCAAAAGGUCUCAUGCCGUCGGCGAAGCGCGGCACGGUGGUGGAGGGCGAGGAGGAGAUGAAGACGGCGAUCCUCGAGGCGCAGGGCGCCAUGGACUGGCGAGGCGACCGCAACGGUGUCGUGCGGACCGCGGUGGCACGGCUGCAUCACCCGAUUCCGUCACUGCGCUCCAACAUUGCCGCCUUCCUGGGCGCCGUGGUGGAGCGCGCUACGAGCGGUCUUGGCUCGGCUGCGGCGGCAGGUGUACAGCAGGGCGUCGUGGUGGGCGCAAAGGAGCCGAUUGCGCGGAGUGCCGGCGAGAUGAAGAAGGCACAAGGCGUCAUCAAGCAGAUCCACCUCUCCAGCACACAGGGCCCCGGCAUCAAGCUGAGCCUGGCAGACAUCUACUGAAGGUGUGGCGCUGCAGGGCAGGGCGGAGGCGCACGAGGGAGAUGGCUGGUCAUUGCGAUGGAUGAUUGGUGAUGAUGACGAUGAGCUGAGAUGGACUGAAUGGGUGCGUGUGUGGAGACAGUGUCGAGGAGCGGGACGAUGUGAGAUGUGGAUGGAAAAGGAGGCGCUAGAGAUCAGGAUGAAGCG